AUGGUUCGGCCAGCGGCGCUCGCUGGUUUUUGGUGCUUGCUGACCUCCUUCUCGUCGUGUGUUCUGACGAGAGACGGGUUCCCCUAUCCGUACAACGGGGCUAUUUCUGGGCUCUUUUCAGGGGCAGUGCUGAGCAUAGUCAACCGCUGGGACAAAGAUUCCACCCUGUGGACUAUGGCCGGGAGCUCCGUGCUCAGCAUCUUGUCGCACUAUGCAACAGAGGGCCAGAGUAUGAACGUCAAGGCAAGGAAUUCCACGUCUAGUGCUCUUCUGACACUCUCUGUAUUCUCACCGGCCGCAGCACAUCUGUUUGACGUGCACCAGUUUGCCCUGCAAGCAGCACUGUUUUGCCGUCAAUGCAGCAGCGUACCUGCACUUUGCUGA